AAAGAAAAUUUUGUGACUCUGGUUUACUGCAAGUUUGAAGAUCAGCUGGCAGAUUUGUUUACAAAGCCACUUCCAAUGAGCAGAUUCGAAUUUCUAAGGCAGAAUGUUGGUGUUUGCAGCUCCUAAAGCAAGGAGGAGUGUUAGGAAAAUGCUUCAGGACUGAAACAUGUCCACCUGCAGUUUAUGUGUUUUAUUUUUAAUUGUUGUCCUAGUCUUUAGGAAGUGGUCAGUUUGUGUUGCUGUAGUGGUCAGUUUAUUGAAUUCGUGUUACUGUUCAUGGCUUGAUUCUAGGCCAGUAAGAGCAGUUUGUUAAAGUCGUGUUACUGUUCAUGACUUGAUUCUAGGCCAUUAAGUUAUCUGUUUCAGCUUCUAUAUAAGUUUGCUAAAAAAUAAAAAAUAUAUAGUGUAUGUAUUCCGCAUAUCCUCUCAAUUUGUUUCAGAACUCUGCUGCAUAAUUACAUUAUUCUUUCUCUAUUCUUUUAUCCUUAAAAUCCAACAAUGGGGUAUAAUUGCAAUCUUUCUGGUGAAUUCACUUGCAAUAUGGAGGCCGCCUUCGAUUUCAACUGUUCUUUGUUUGUAAAGAAGUGUGGGAUCCGUUUAUUGUUCACUCAAGAGUUUGAACCAAGCUCCAAUAGACUGGAAGCUUCAAAUUUCUUUAAGGGUGAACCCAGCUCAAGGGAGAAUUUAGAGUUGGGGAAAAGUAUGGUGAUGAGUACAGCAGUAGAGCAAGUUGUGAGCAAUAACAGUGUAAAUAGUCAUAAUAAUAAUGGAGUUGAUGUUUGUGCUGGUGGUGUUGCUGAAGGGAGUUUUUUGCAGGAAAGUCAUGCUCGUGGUGAUGAUGUUUACGCAAGAGGGAAUAGGGGAACAGGUAUGAUGGGGAAAGUUGGAAAUGCUUUUGUGCAAGGCAUUGGUGAUGUCCUUCCUCCGAUGUAUCCCCAGUCAUUUGCAUUUGAUCCGAGGAUUGGUGCACCUAUAGGGUGGAUGGGCAAUCACAUGGGCUCUCUUGGUGCUUUAACACCUCCAUUUUCUGGGGUUUUACCCAAAUGUACUGUCAUUGAUGAAGAGGAAGCAUGCUCUAAUAAGAGAUUAAAAUCUUCAAAUUUCAGUAAAGGAGAAUCCAGCUCCAGAUCACAUCCCUAUACUAGCUUGGAUUUGGGUGCAUUUCCUCAAGAUUUUGUCAAAUCACACCCCUUUAAUCCUUUGGGUUUGGAUCAAUUCCCUCAAGAUAAGAUCGCCAGAUCACCUUUUAUUAAUAUUUUUGAUUCGGAUGAAGACAAUGAUGGAUCUCUUGUCAAAUCACAGUCUUUUACUCCUUUGGAUUUUAAUGAAUUCCCUCGAGAUUCUGUCUGAUCAUCUAUUGUUAUUAGUUCUGAUUCUGAUGAAGACAAUGAUGGGUAGAACAUAGUCAAAGUGAUUGCCUUAAUGAUGAUGAUGAUGAGCUUGAAUACAUGUGGGAGCCUUCUAAGUUGAGUUGAACCAAAAUUUUAUUCUGAUUUAGUGCACUUGUGAUGCAGUCAAGGCUUUUGCAGGGUUCCCUUAUCAAUCUAAUGUUCUUGCCUUUCGAGUUUGCACAGAAGAUGAAUGUAUUAACAACGGAAAUCACAAUGGUGGACUGCAUCAGCAUUGGUACGGGAG